ACUAAGCCCAGUUAAUACUAAAUCCAUCCAGGUCAGUAUGCCGGCUGAUGGACCUGCAGUUAGCGAUGAUUCUCACAUCUCCUUCGCGAAGCGCUUGGCACACAACAACAAGGACACGCGGGAAUCUGCGCUGAAGAAAGUGAAACGUUGGCUGGUUACCAAAAGCAAACAAGGGACCCUGGACCACGACGAAAUCAUCAAGAUAUGGAAAGGUCUGCAUUACUCGAUGUGGUACAGCGACAAACCUCUCACUCAGCAAACCCUUGCACUUGAUAUCUCUCAGAUUGUAUCUCUUCUACCGGAUAUCGACGAUGGUAUCAGUUUUUUCGGUGGGUUUUGUGAGACGAUCGCCCGUGAGUGGGUCGGGAUUGAUCGUCACAGACUGGACAAAUUUUACAUGUUUAUCAAAACAGCGCUGAAAUGUGUAAUGGAAUUCUGUAAAGAAAACAAUUGGGAUGAUACGAUUGUAAGCAAUGUGGUGGAUACCCUUGAUAUCAGGAUCAUCAACUCACAAUCUCAGUGCCCUGAUUCCAUCUCCGUUUUUAUCUCAGAACAUUUAUACCCAAUCUACUCAGCAAUUUGUAAUGACUCAACGUCUCCUCUUUUCAUCACUGAGAUGCUCUUGUGUUAUGUCACUGCUCUGUCCAAAACACCCAAGAAAGAUCUCAGUCGUGUUUUCAUGGAAAAUCUUUUCAGCCCGAUAAUUUAUAAAUCUAUCAGUUUUAAAGUUGAUCACGAGCAGUUGACUUCUUUUAUCACCACAAUUGCUAUUCAACCAGAUAUUUUGACGAGAAACCGAAAGUUGCUAUAUAAGCUUCGUAAUGAUAUUGCAACAGCCGGCGGGGUAGAUUUAUCCAGUUCUUCUCCCCUUGGCAAACACAAACUGGAGAAUGUCAACGACGAGAAUGUAAGUUCCAAUAGUCCAGAUGGGGCUGAAGUUGGUGAUGAGGUUAAACCACCAAAGAAGAAGAAAAAGAAGAAAGUGAAACAAGCUGUCGAGGAAAGUAUUGCUGACAUAACUGAGGAGAAUGGAGCAGAAAGUAGUGAUACUAAAGUUGAGGAAGCUGCCGCAUCUGUCAGUGAAAUAGUAGAUCAGGGUGAAAAAGAAACUAUUCCUGUAAAUGAGCCAGAAGCAGAAUCUGCAACUGUUGAAGUUGAUCAGAAUAACACUGAAGAUGUUGAGGAAGCUGAAGAUGAGCCGAUGGAAACAGAAACACAUGUUUCUGAACCAGACUCUGUUGUGAUCCCCGUUACUGAAGUAGAGUUUGCAGUUCCCACUGUGGUAGAAGAAGCUCCGGUGGUCUCUAAUGGUGGAGUUGAGGAUGAUAGUGCAAUUAAUGAUGCAGCUGUCAUAAGCGAACAAGUUGUUGAUGACGUUAAAGAAGUCGUUGAUGAUACCGUCGCAAGAGAAAUGGAUAAUAAGACUUCAGAAGAUGGCCAAGAAACUGUUGUUGAAGACGAUACCAAAGAUGACAGUAACGAUACCGGCGGGGAUGUAAUGGCUGCCGAUGAAAGGAAGAAUCCGUGGAACAGACAGCCAAGAAAACUGAAAAACGAAAGUCUACCAAAGGUAAGAAAACUCCAAAGAAAACACCAAAGAAGCAGCCCCUGGAAGCUGCUGAGCCUGCUGAGAACGAAGUCACCGCAGAAUUGGAACAACCUUCAGUGGAGAAUGGUCAGGAAGUUGCUUUACCUUCAGACGAAACAGGUGCAGUAUCACCAUCUCCAAAAGGAACAAGGACAGCAGCUUCACUUCGCAAGAGAAAGAAGAAGUCAAUCUGUCAAACACCUACCCCUGAAUCACCCUCAACCCCCAUCGCAGAUCCACCCUCAACUAAGAAGAAAGUGAGGCUGUCAAUGGAGAACAACCAAACGUUUUUCUUCAAGAAAAAUACAUCCUUGGAGAGCCCUAAACCAUUCGACAGCACAAGAACGCCACUGAAAGGU